UAUCUAAAAGCACACAAACAAAACACUGCAGUUUUAAUUUUAAUCUCAUUGGUAAAGUAAGUAAGAAAUAUAUUAAUGCAAAAUAAUGCCUUGCUUGUUGUUGGUUUUAUAGCAAACAUAUCGGCAAGGGAUUUUUACAUUGAGCUGUAACCGUUUUUUUUGCUAGCUUGUUUAAUUCUUUUUUUUAAAUCACUUUUAAACUUACUUGUAGUGUCCCAAAGUUACACUUUGACAAAGCACAUCGGUGAGGUAUAUAAAAGUGUUGCCGAAGCAACAUUUCUGUUAGAGAUAUAUAAAUGUAUUGUUUAAAAAUGUUGAUGCACACAGUAUUAAGCAUUUUGAUAGUCUUGUAUCAUUUUGUUUUGGUAGAACACUGUAAAUAUGACAUUAUGUCAGGAAUGUUUGCAAUUGCUUCUUCCUUUCUCACAUUUAUCAAACCAUUGACGGUAUCAUUAUACUGAAUGCACUGUCAAAUGUAAGACUGGGUGACUGAUUUUUGUGCUAGAAAUUGCAUUUUUAGAUCACCCCUAGACGGUCUUAUAGAUAUACUUGUACUUAUGUGUAAGGGUUUAUUUUUUGUUUUGCCAAUGAUCAAGAUGCACUAAUGACAGUGAUAUGCUUCAGAGGGUCCAGUCUGAGUGAAAUUCUUCUGUUUACAAAUUGUACCAGGCCACUGGCAUCCCAUUUCCUUCUUAUUCUGCUAAUCACUUGGUUGGAUAAAGCUCAGCUGGUAAUUAAUGUAAUGGUCGGAUUUGUUUAAUGAAUCCAAUUAGGCUGUUGGGUUCUUUAAAAUAUCUGGACUUUCAGCAUUAUAUUUAACUUUUAACUAUGGCACUGUCCUUAGUCCAUUUCUCUGUUAUUUUUUCGGCAUUUUCAUUUUAAUGCGAUGCACUUAAGCCAUAUAAAGUGUGCAGUCCAUUUAAGCUGCGUAUGGGGCUUAUGCUUUGAGUGGCUCAGACCAGCCCCUUGUGUAUACUCCCUCUCACCUCUUCUGUCUUCCCUCCUGUGCUGGAGAGAGGAUCCUAAGGACCGUCCCUUGCCAAGAGCCUGCCCCCUGCAGAGCCGCUAUGCUAGGCAGAGCACGCUGGGAUUAGAACCUACUACUUCAGUGCAGAAAGCAAAGAAGAACAGGAGUCCUGGGUGCGAGUCAUGGGAGAGGCGUCGCAAGUGCAAAACUCACCUACUCCUAGGUUGGAGAGGCAGGACAGUGAAAACAUACCCCCUCUCAGAGAUCGUGAGCCAGACACCCGGAGUCGUGGGGAGGGUGAUGGGAGAGGGUCUGAGAAGUUGGAAAGGAGGUCAGAAUGCAGGAAAGAGCCACUGACUAAAGUCAACGGGACAGGGGGAUCUACAGAGAGACAUCCUGACCUGGAGCCUCCAAGACAUCUACCAGAGAGCGAACGUCCAUCACAACCCAAUGGGUGGGGUUUUGUUCCUUCUCCGGGUCGACCGGUGAGUGCUGCUUUUCCAGAGGGAAGCGGGCAGCGCCGUGGGAACUUGCCCAGAAAUCAUCCAGAGAAACUAGCGCAAAGACAGAACUCAAUGUCACAGCUGCAACAGUGGGUGAACCUGCGCAGGGGUACAGCUCCAACCGAGGACAUGCAAAGUCCCAGCCGAUUCUUCCCAGGGUCACACAGAGUACCCGACUAUUACUCCCAGUACCCUUCUCAUUAUGCUGAUAGCUACCAGUACUGCACACCCUCUAGUUCACGACCAGAUAGCAUCUGUUCAAUGCCUGCUUUUGAUCGAGGAAUCCCUCAAUGGGGUGUUGAAGACAAGCGGCAGGUCAUGCUCAAUGGAGCAUCAUACCAUCCACUGGACUGGAAGGAACCGGUGGGCUAUGGGCGGCAGGAAGUGUGGGGUCCUCGUCCAUCUCUUUAUUAUCAGGAAACUGAUGCAGCAUGUGGAUCUCUACGUCGCUUAUCCUUGCAACCUAGAUCCCGCUCGGUACCUCGCUCUCCAAGUCAAGGGACAUAUAGCACUCGUCCAAGGGUCUAUUCUCCCGUGCGCUCCCCAAGUGCCAGAUUUGACAGUGUGACAGGAGAUGAAAAUUAUGGGGACCCAGCAGCAUAUACCAUGAGACGAUCAGUCAGCUCCCCAAAAUAUGACUACAUGGGUGACCGGCGGCCACUCCCAGCGGGGAUGUAUUCCUACAACUAUCCUGCUUCUCCUCCUCUUCGUGACAAAAUGGAAGAGAUGUUAGAUCUGCAGUUACAGAGGCAUCUUGAUUUUUUGGAUCAGCAGAUGAGUGAGAGUGAGACCCUGAUCAGCAUGGUGAAUAAUAUGGUUCACUCCUCUCCCCGGGCACAGAUCUUCAUGCAAGUUUCCCCAUAUGCAGAUCCAUACAGAGAAGCUCUCCAGAGUUACAAGAUCAAUGAGCAGGAUACUGAUAAACUCCUUGGUCGACUUUGUGAACAGCAUAAGGUGGUGAGAGAGCAAGACCGCUUGGUACAGCAGCUGAGGGCAGAGAAGGAGAGUUUGGAGAGUGCACUGAUGGGAACUCACCAAGAGAUGGAGAUGUUUGGUAACCAGACAGCAUUUCCAGAGAAACUACUUCACCGGAAGGAAUCACUGCAGAACCAGCUGAUUAGCAUCCGUGUAGAAUUAUCCCAGGCCACUACGGCUCUAAACAACAGCAGUCUGGAAUAUGAUGCUCUGGAGGGAGAGGUAUCUGCUCUACAUGAUGCUUUGUGGGAGCAGCUAAACCUCAAUAUACAGAAUGAACUGAUGAACAGACACAUCCAGAGAGAGAUUUGGAGGAUUCAAGAUGUAAUGGAAGGAUUAAGAAAGAACAAUCCAUCCAGGGGGACUGACACAGCAAAGCACAGAGUUGUCACAGGUCCCUCUGCGACCUUCAGCUCCAACAGUCCAGCCAGCCCAUUGAGCUCUGCCAGCCUGACUAGUCCUCUCAGUCCCUUCUCACUCAUCUCCGGAUCACAAGGUUCACCCACUAAACAAACCACCAGUGAGGACUCGGGCCCCCCUCGGCCCCCUCUCCCUCUUUCGUACACUCCCUUGGACUCUCCUCCGGCUGUCCCUCCACCCCCCGGGGAGGGCCGCUUCCAGCCAUGGCCUUACCCCAUCUCCCCCUGCUGGCCACACAGUGAGCUGAAGCUCAGCUUAGAGCCAUAUAAGAGAGAAUCCCCUCAGCUUUCCUCCUCACUACCUAAUGAAGCGAUCAGUUCACUACAGCAAAGGACUGAGCUAGAUGCUGAUAAACAGCAACAAUCACAGGCAGUCAACAAAGUUGGCAUUGUACCCCCACGGACAAAGUCGCCUAGUGAGGAAGGACCAGCAGUGAAACCAUCAGUGGUUCGACGAGGCGGACGAGUAAAUAACGGACAACUCUCUCGGGAGCGUCCAAAGAGUGCACUUUUCCCCAGUGAAGUCAAGUCCAAAAUGAGUGUGGAGGAGCAAAUUGAUCGCAUGAAACGACACCAAAGUGGAUCAAUGAAGGAAAAGAGGCGCAGCAUGCAGCUCCCAUCCAAUCAGCAGACAGAACCAAAUAGUACCAAACAAGCAGGAUCUUACAGGGUGGUCAGACGGCAUCGCAGCAUCCAUGAAGUGGAGAUCUCUGAUUUAGAAGCUGCUUUGCGGUCGCAGGAGCCUCAGAGAAAUUAUGAGUCACCACGAGAAGAGAUUGCCAGACUGCGGAAGAUGGACUUGGAGCCUCAAGCAUUCAGCUUGGACAUCAGCAGAGAGCUCUCCACCCCAGACAAGCUCUCCACCCCAGACAAAGUCUUCAUUCCGGAGCGCUACAUCGAUAUGGAGCCAGAGAGCCCUCUGAGCCCGGAGGAGCAGCAGGAAAAACAAAGGAAAGUGGAACGGAUAAAGACCUUAAUAGCCAAAUCAAGUUUGCAAAAUGUGAUUCCUCUGAGUGAUUCUGAACUCGAGUUACCACCAGAUCCAGAGUCCCAACUUCAGGAGCAGGAAAAGCGUAUUGAGUUGUCUUGUGCACUUGCGGCAGAAGCAUCCCGGCGUGGUCGUCUUCUUUCUGCUCUGUGUGCCACCCCGAGCCCCCCUACGUCUCCCACGUCCCCAACUCCUCAGACCCUCCCCUCUUCUCCUGAGCGCUCCGCCUUGGGGGGCGGCAGCAGCAGCAGUGACAGCGCUGGGGAAUACGGGGCGAACAUCAUGUGUGUCUGAGCAGCAGUAGCAAGCAGUGACCGCUGCAAAGUUACACAAAGUCUAGGCACCUCUCUUGCUGCCUUCUGGGAAGGGCUCGCCUUUUCCACUGGACACAUGGAGCUCUUUGACAUUACCAUGGGAUGGGACAGGUGCCUGUUUUUGGAGGGAGCAACAUGAGGGAGUCACCAUGACAGUGACUUGAAUCCCACUCCUGACACUAAUCUGAUUGCAGAAAAUUGAUUGUCUGUGAAACAUUACAAAGAGGAAUAUAAAAAUCAUUGAACAGUCUUCAAAGAGAUGCAGCACGUCCAGAAACCACCUGAAAAUGUCCUUCAUAGAGGAAAAGACUAUCCCAUGUUAGUCAACAUAUAAGGGUACUCCGAUCUGCUAUAAAACCUUAGGCUGGUUCAUGUCCCUCAAAAAAAGUGAAAUAGUAGCCAUAGUGUCAUAGAUGUAGGUAAUGUGUAGCCUCCAUGUGACAGUGACAGCAGCAGUAAGUUGGUUCAUCAGGCUUUAAACAUCAAUAAUUAUAGAACCAAACGUAUAUUGCACAAAAGUUGUAGGUGUGUUGGUUUUAAUCCAUUCACUGCAGGCUUGCCACAUCUUUCACAUUGAGCCUAUAAUAUUUGUGCUCUCUGGAAAAUCUCUACAGGCAAACCUAGCAAUAACAGAGUAACUUACUCAGAGAGUCCAAACUACAAUCUAUGUAUAUUAAGGGCCAGGAAUAACCCAUACCUGGCACAGACCAUUAAUAUAGUGUACAAUACAUAUCUCUCUCUCUCUCUCUAUAUAUAUAUAUAUAUAUAGCUAUAUAUAUUUUGCUUCAAAGGAACAAUAUUUAUUGUAUGUAUAUAAUGUGGGGAACAGUUGGGUUUAAAUGUUGUGGAUGUGUUGCGAAUAAGGGCUUUAGUUGCCUAUCAAAUAAGCCUAUGACCUCACAUCAAAUGCUUCUCAUUAAAAGGGUCCAUAUAUUGUCCUUUUUUUAUUUUAUAUAUUUUUUUUUAAAACUAAAGUGACCUAUAAUUAAGAAUCCAAGUAUUCUAAAGGCUUCUCAGAAAACGAAAUCACAAAACUAAAUGGUACAAAUUUCUAUCGUUCCCGCAUCCAGCAUUGGUAAUGGGACUUCCUUGGCUUUUUAUUUUUUUCAAUCACCGCUAAAAGCAUUAACAAUGUGAAAAGCAGAGGUCACAGUGAAUAUACAUACAUCAUAGUAAAUAUUUUGCUUUCAGUUGUUAUGCUUAUAACAUUACCAACAUGAUGUACUUGAAAACAAUUCAAAUCUCAGUGUACCUUUCUAAGGUAAAUAAUGUAAACAAAAAAACAAAACAUUCUUUUAAUGGAGAAAAGUAUGAAAAAUCUAGGUCAAUCAGCUCUGCGGCAUUUAUGUAGCCACAAGUUAUUUUUAAAUACAGAUAAUUGCAUCAGCUUUUUCCUUUAUGGUGGAAACAUUAAUUAUAGGGAGGACAAUAAUUAGGAAACCUUUUGAAUGGGAUCUUCAAAUGGCUGUGCCAAUGGAGGUGUCGUCAGUUUUUCUUACAAGGCAACGCAAGUUUAACAUUUUUACAGACGAAAAAAUGAAAUCCAGUUGACAUUAGAAAUGUGAAUGUGUUUUAUACAUAAAAGGAAUUUAUGUGAAAAGCCAAAUUUGAACCUGGCGGGUUUCUUACCUGCCUUAGAAAUAUUGCUAAUGAUUUACAGGAAGUUUUAAUCUGACAAAGUAAUAACAGAAAGAGUAUACGUUUUUGAUCAUUUAUCAAGCUCCUUUAAAGAACUUUCAAAGAUCACUACUUUUAAUCACAGUGAGCAUCAAAGAUGGCGGCUAACUAAGCAUUACAAAGCUCUGGUUUUGAACGCAUAAACUUUCCCAGCUCUGUUGCAUUGUAUAUUAUUGCAACAGGCACAGCUGUAGUGUGCAAAUGGAGUCCAUGUGGCAACAUAUUCUCAUUACAGGGAUUCAUGCUGGACAGAAGCAGGGGCAAAGUCACUGCUGCAGUGCAAGUGGUGCUCCAAAACCCGUAUAGCAGAAGCAAUACCCGUGUUCACACGGGCAAUACAGAGAGGAAGAAGGUUGGUAGGUGGAUGUCAACCAGCAUUAAAGGGAUUCUAUUUUUUUGCACUUUUUUUUUGCCAUGCAGUCACAUUUCGGUCAUCUAAAGGAAUAAACUGCUCUUGAAAUUGUCUGAUACUGACUUUGCUAGCAUUAGGAAAUAAAAAAAAACAGCUAUAUACAAUAUGUGUGUGUUUUUUUUGUGUUAUGCAGAUUAUCAGGUAAUUAACUUUCGGAAGACUCGAAAAACUGGUCUCCCAUAUACUGUGCCAUUAGGCAAUGUGUUUUCCAUAUACAUUUUCAUUGGACAGUCAAUCAUGGUCCAUUUUAUGGUCAUUCACAGCAAUUCUACUAC